CGCUCGGCCGGCAGGCAACGACACCAGGCGCGGGCGGCCGGCUCCAUCCGUCCUUCGGUUCGUCGUUCGGUGCAAUAAUAAUAUUCUGUGCUUUUUGUAGUUUGGCUGCCUCGUUGCUCGUUGUCAUUAACACGUUCUGCUCACGUCAAAUAUUAGUGUUCAAAAUUCGUAAUAAUUUGUGAUUUAUCAAUAUAACAAAUGCUAUAUUGAUUUCAAAAACGGAACGUUUAAAUAAGAAAACCAGUGAGCUAUUAUAACAAUGUGCGGCUGCGUGAGAGUCCUCCGCAUCGGCAAGCCGCUACCAAAGUCAUGGCAACGAAGACUGUUCAGCACAUCCUCCACACCACCGCCUGUUCAGGGGGUUCCAUACACUAAACUUAGUGUCGGAGUACCAAAAGAAAUAUGGCAGGAUGAACGAAGGGUAGCAGUAGUACCGGCGGUAGUUAGUAAAUUAGUCAAAAAGGGAUUCAGCGUUAAUAUCGAAGAAAAUGCCGGUGUGCUGGCAAAUUUUCCAAACAAGGCGUACGAAGAAGCUGGGGCAAAAAUUACUAGUUUAAAGGACACAUAUCAAUCAAAUAUAAUUCUAAAAGUUCGGCCUUUAGCUGAAAGUGAAGUUCAAAAUGUUGCCGAGGAAUCUACGCUUAUAUCAUUUUUCUAUCCUGCACAGAAUAAAAGCCUUAUACAGCAAUUGGGACCGAAAAAAAUAAACGCCUUUGCCAUGGAUUGUAUACCUCGUAUAAGUCGCGCGCAAGUGUUCGACGCUCUGAGCUCCAUGGCAAAUGUAUCAGGAUACCGCGCUGUCAUCGAGGCCGCUGCACAUUUUCCACGCUUCUUUUCCGGUCAGAUGACAGCGGCAGGUCGCGUGCCUCCAUGCCGAGUGCUGGUCGUGGGCGGAGGCGUGGCCGGGCUGGCGGCGGCGGCUCAGGCCCGCUGCAUGGGAGCUGCGGUGCGGGCCUUCGACACGCGGCCUGCGGUGCGCGAGCAGAUUGAGAGUCUAGGGGCGCAGUUCAUCACUAUGGACAUCAAGGAAGAAGGCGCUGGAGCCGGUGGAUACGCCAAGGAGAUGAGUGAGGAGUUCCUCAACGCCGAGCGAGCGUUGCUCGGCAAAGAGGCGAGGACGUCAGAUGUAGUCAUUACUACGGCCCUUAUACCUGGGAAACCUGCGCCAGUUCUUAUUUUAGAGGAUGCCGUGCUGGACAUGGCACCCGGCAGUGUUAUAGUAGACUUGGCAGCCGAGAUGGGGGGCAACGUGCAGACCACUACGAAAGGCAAAAUCACGAAGGUGAAUGACGUCACGCACAUCGGCCUCACAGACUUGCCGAGCAGAAUGCCUGCCCAUGCCUCCACACUGUACGCCAAUAACAUAUCCGCCUUCUUGUUCAGUAUAGGUACCGAUGACCACUUUCACAUCAACCUCGAGGACGAGGUAACGCGCGGGGCCAUUGUCCUGAAGGCCGGCGAGCUGCUGUGGCCGGCCCCGCCCGCGCCCAGCAUGCCGCCAGCGGAGGCCCCGGUGAAGGCCGCCGUCGCUGCCAAACAAGAACCACCGAAUCCCUUCAAUGAGACGUUGAAGGAUACCUUCCUAUAUUCUACGGGUUUAGCUAGUAUAAUAGGUCUCGGUAUGGUGUCACCGAAUCCUGCAUUCACAACUAUGACUACGACGCUCGCAUUGUCUGGUGUGGUAGGCUAUCACACAGUAUGGGGAGUGGUGCCAGCUCUACACUCUCCCCUUAUGUCGGUGACCAAUGCAGUGUCAGGCAUCACAGCUGUUGGAGGAUUGCUGCUAAUGGGCGGCGGCUACGUACCAGAGACCCCAGUACAGUGGUUAGCCAGUACUGCAGCUCUGAUCUCAUUUAUUAACGUGUUCGGUGGAUUCUUGGUCACACAGCGUAUGUUGGAUAUGUUCAAGAGGCCAGGAGACCCUGCAGAAUAUGGUUAUCUGUACAGCAUCCCUGCCGCGGCUUUGCUCGGAGGAUACCUUACAACGGCAAUGCAGGGAUAUCCUGAAGUACACCAGAUGGCGUACCUCGCGUCUUCGUUAUGCUGCGUGGGCGCUUUAGCCGGCCUUAGCUCGCAGACCACUGCGCGAAAAGGAAACUACCUCGGAAUGAUCGGUGUAACGGGAGGAAUAGCAGCUACCUUGGGAAUGCUGACGCCUAAUGCAGAGGUGUUGGCGCAAAUGCUCGGCGUGGCUGGUAUCGGUGGGCUCAUCGGAAGUGUUAUUGCUAAGAAGAUAGACAUCACUGACUUGCCUCAACUUGUGGCUGGAUUCCACAGUUUGGUGGGCAUGGCAGCGGUGUUGACGUGUAUAGCGACGUACAUGCACGACUUCCCCGCCAUGGCGCUGGACCCCACCGCCGCCACGCUCAAGACUUCGCUCUUCCUCGGCACCUACAUUGGUGGCAUCACAUUCACCGGAUCGCUAGUCGCGUACGGUAAGUUGCAAGGCGUGCUGUCGUCGGCGCCGCUGAUGCUGCCGGGCCGCCAUGCUAUCAACGCCGGGCUGCUCGCUGGCUCGCUGGGCUGCGGCGGAGCCCUGCUCGCCUUCCCUGAAGCCCCGGGGCUGCCUCUGCUGUCCGCUGCUGCCUUGCUCAGCGGCAUUCAGGGACUGACCUUGACAGCUGCUAUCGGAGGUGCGGACAUGCCGGUAGUUAUCACCGUGUUGAACAGCUACUCGGGCUGGGCGCUGUGUGCGGAGGGCUUCAUGCUCAACAACUCGCUGAUGACCAUCGUGGGCGCGCUCAUCGGCAGCUCGGGAGCGAUCCUCUCGUACAUCAUGUGCAAGGCCAUGAACCGUUCUCUGCCGAACGUGAUCUUGGGCGGCUACGGCAUUGUCGGCAGCGGCUCGGCGCGGCCAGCGGGCGCCACUCACACCGAGCUGAACGUGGACUCUGUCGCAGACCUCAUCCAUCGUGCCUCCUCCAUCAUCAUCACUCCUGGGUACGGAUUAUGUGUGGCUAAAGCUCAAUACCCAAUCGCUGAACUAGUAGACAUUCUCAAGGGAAUCGGCAAGAAAGUGCGUUUUGCUAUUCACCCUGUUGCAGGACGUAUGCCUGGACAGUUAAACGUAUUGCUCGCUGAGGCCGGCGUGCCUUACGACGACGUGUUGGAAAUGGAAGAGAUCAACGAAGAAUUCCCUGAAACCGAACUCGUUCUUGUCAUUGGUGCCAACGACACCGUGAACAGUGCAGCGGAAGAUGAUCCUAAUUCGCCGAUCGCUGGAAUGCCUGUACUCAAAGUGUGGAAAGCUGAUCAAGUUGUAGUGAUGAAGAGAUCGAUGGGCGUAGGGUACGCUGCUGUGGACAAUCCCAUUUUCUACAAUCCGAACACCGCCAUGUUGUUAGGAGACGCCAAAAAGACUUGCGACGCACUCCUCGAUCGUAUCAAGAAUCUUACCGCGUAAUAAAUAGGCUAUAACCCUAUUUUUUUGUCCAUUAAAAUUUCGAUUCGUCUCGUAAUUUCUGUAAUGUUUUGCAUUUAUGUAUAAUGGAUUCGAUGGACACCAACCAAGAAUAUUAUAAUGCCAGUAACAUUGAGCUUGUUAUUUAAGGUCAAAUUAAAAGAAAUUUUACACUUGGUUUGUGUAAUCUUAAAUAAUAAAUUUAUUACAUACUGAGUUAAUAAGCCUCAAAAGAGCUUCCCAAUCUACAUAGGUACUUAUUUUUUUAAACUUUUGAAUAUGUGGAAUUUUUCAACUAUCAUGCUUACAUUAAUUACCUACAAUAAGUAAGAACGAAAGGUGUGAUUUCUUUCGUUCAUACCUAUUAUUAUACGUACAAUGUAUAUAUCAUUGAUAUGCCUAACAUAUCGUAAUUGUACGUAAGAUGGCCAAGAAAAACCCUAGAGAAGCUUUUAUUAACUUUCUAUAUCUUUUUAAAACAUAAGUACAAGGGACUAAAAAGACCUUAUAUACGUAUAUUUUUAGGGCACGAGCCCCAAGGCGAGGUCGCUAAAUAGAAACAGAGUAUAAACUCGGUUUCUAUUUGGCCCUGAUUGUUUGGAGCUCGUCUGUAAAUGCGUAAUUUUUUAAAUUUGAUUUUUAUUAAGUUGCGAGCUACGUCUGCAAAAAGAAUUUUAAAAUUGAAUACUGAAUUACUUUAUUUUCUCGCAAUCGUAGUGAAAAUUAUAGUGUAACACGCGGGGCUAAACACAUUAUAAACUCGAUUUCUAUAUAGCUAUAUAUUAUAACCUAAAAAUACCUCGUAUAUGAUGGGUCUUUUUAGCCCCUUGUAUAACAAUCUACUAUUAAAAGCACAAAAUUGCAAUUCACGACCUAUCUAACGAUUUUAUUAUACAUAACUCUUAAGAAUUUUAUUUACCUAAUAGUUAAUAUAAAAUAAGUCUAUUUAUAAGUUGACAAAAUGAAGUUUUCAUGAGAAUUGUAUUUUUAUAAAUUUAGAUAAUUUUUGAAACCAGCUUAGUAAAUGGUAGGUACCUAACAAUCGUGAAAUACUUAACAGAUAAACUUUAUUUACUUAAGUAAUGUAAAUGAGAAUUAGAUAUAUUACAUAUAAAUUAGACGAAAGAGAUUUCUAUUUAUGUAGUUAGAAAAAAAAUUGCAGUUUAGAGAGACCUAUAGACUGUCAAAUAAUAUCUCACGUUAACCCAUCGGUAACAAAGUCUAGUCUUCCUUGUUAAGCUGAUAUAUUGUUAUAUCAGCGCGCUGGCAAUUUUAGUUCAGGUUUCAGCUGGGGGACUUUAUGAAAAGGACUCCAGCAGCAUACAUUGUAGAAAUAAGUAUAAUACUUCUUAACUGCAACAGAAUUUUAUACGGUUUUCAUCAUAGUUAUAAGACGGUUAAUAGUUUUAUACAGAUUACCAUGGAUUGACAAAGUCGCGGGACUUGUUUAUAAUGACAAUCAUUAUCAUGAUUUUGAUACUACAUGAUUAAUUACAUAAAAACUAUGAUUUAGAUGUCUACUUAAUAUUGUUACGAACUAGGGCUCGAGGAUUUGGAAUUAAACACCUGGUGACUCGUAUAAGACUUUGACGGCUUAGUCCAAUUAUCAAUGCACACUUCGAAAUGUAGGCAAUUCGUAACCGAGUUCGCUGUAGUUUACUUGUAUCGCUUGUGUCACUCCGUUGUUCACUUCACUUCGUUUCGAAGUUAACUGCCGUGCCGUCGUCUCCGUCGUAUAAAUACCCACUCAGAACGCUUCCAAAUCAUUCUGGGACCGCCUACACGCGUGUUGUUUAUUCCACGGAGUUCGCUAAAUCAAAACAAUAACAAUAGGUAAGCGAUCAAAACAUCUCAAAAAAGUAAACAACUCGAAAAGGCGAGCGAUUAUGCACCCUAUGUCUCUAGUAAUAGGGUUCUCCUUAACAAUAUAGAAAAACCAUGCAGCUUUUUGUAUUUAAACGUAGUCCAUAUCGUGUGCCGUAAAAAAUUGUAUUUUAUCUAUACAUGGAAUUGUGAUAUUUUGUAAAUUAUAAUAAUCACAUUCCGAUGAAUUUUCGAUGCUUAAAUAUAUCAUAUUAAGUAAAGCAUCCCUCUUUUAUGUCUAGUACCUUAGAACCGCACUUUAAUUUUCUAUAAAAUAUCUGUUAUGUUUUAUAAAAACUGACUAACAAUAUUUAAAAAAGCGUAGAUUAUUUUCGAUAGCAGCUUAUUAAUUUUAACUAAUUUCAAUCAAGUGAAUUUCUGUCUGUAGGUACAAUGUAAUAUUUACAUGUCAAUGUUGUAGUUUAUAUUUAUUUUCGAUUUUAAUAUGCUUAAAUAAAUAUAUUAAAUGUGUGCAGUACCAACAGUAAAAUAAGAUUACAUAUUAUUUAUAAAAUGUACACUUUACUACAAACAAGUAUUCAGAUGUAUUAAAAGUAUGAUAUAGUUAACUUUAAAUAAAUUAAACAUUAAGCUUUUUUGUGUUUAGUAUCAACAUACGACAAUUAUAUGUUUCAGAGGUAACUAUUGAUGACUAUUUAUAUCUGUACUUUACUUACGGCCGUUUUCAAUAACCUAACCAAGAUUACGGAUAGAUAGUUAUCCUCGAUUAUCAGCAACAGUCAAACUAUCUUUACAUAGUCAAACAAUCUGUAGGUAGGUUAUGGAAAAGCAGAUAAGAAUAGAAAUAUAGAUUUUCUUAACUUUACUAAGCAAAAUGGCGGAUAGAUAGGUUAUUGAAAACGGCCCUUAGUGAUUAAAUACUUUACUAAGUAUGUAUUCUAUGUGUAGAAUGGGUGUACGUUUUAUUUAUUUUCUAUUUAAUGUGGAAUUUCAAGCCCUUUUUGCCUUAUAAUUUAAAAAGUUGACUUUUUAAACUAAAUAGUUAUGAACUUUAUAUAUGAUUUCUGAGAUUCACUAGGCAACUAAUACUUGCUCAAAACAAGGAUAUAAUAAUUAUUAUAUUUUCCAUUUCUUAUUAUUUCUUUAACAGCAGAAGCUGAGAUUAGUUAGAGAUUUAUGUGAAGAUGAUGUAAAAUUGUUGAGAUUGAUUUAUCAUAAUACUAAUUUUAUAUUAUAGCAUCCCUAUUAAUUAAUCUUUAUGGAAUAGGUAAUUUCCUAUUGACUGUUAGUUUUCAACAUGGAAUAACAUUAACAUUUGUAAAAAUAAUUAAAUUACUACCUAUGUGAUAAUAAUUACAAGUUUACCUACUUGUGCUGUUGCAAGUGUUUUAUGGACUUUUGAGUCUUGUGUCGUGCCUUUUAAAAUAAACUUUUAAUAAUUUAUUAAAAA